UUUCUCGGGGCUCAGUUCCUUUCGUGCAAUUGACCAGCUCAGACAUCCAUCGUUUGAGAGGAUCAGACAGCUAUGGGCUUUAUGAAGAUUAUCUUAAACGUGCUACUGUUGGUUAGAUUUUGGUGCAUCGCUGAAGAGCUGGAACUCGUCUACCAAUGGGAUCAGUUAAGUUCCGCUGUUAGUUCUGAGCACAACGAUAUUUUAUUCGAUGCCCAGCAGUCUACAACGCAGUACAAUGAAAGUUUCAACGCCUAUGGGAAUCUCCCGAUGGGAGUCAGUCAUCACAAGGGUCGUCUGUUCGUCACAGUCCCCCGAAGACGACCCGGAAUUCCUGCUACGCUCAACGUAAUCAACAUGGGAAAAGUUACAGAGGUGAACAACCCGACUCUGUUGGGCUAUCCGGAUUAUUUGACCAAUACUUUGCACCAAGAUUACUCGGCCGAUCCGAAGCGAAUCAUAUCGGUAUAUCGAACAAAGGUUGACAAAUGCGAUCGUCUGUGGUUCGUGGACACCGGCUACCUUGAAUAUCCGGGAAAUCGACGCCAGGUCCAGCGGCCAGCGCUUUGGGUCAUUAAUUUGAACACAAACCGUCGGGUGCGUCGGUUCGAGAUUCCCAAAGAGAUCGUGGAGUUUGGUUACGGAAUGCCGAACCUGGAGAUCGACGUCGAACCGGGCAAGUGCGACGAGGCUUACGCGUACAUCGCAGACUACCAGUGGCAAGGUCUGUACGUGUACGGGUUGGCCGAGGACCGGAUGUGGCGCUUCAAGCACAACUUUUUCUCGUUCGAACCACGAUACGGACGGUUCAACAUCGCCGGACAGCAGUUUGUGUGGAACGACGGAUUGUUUUCGUUGGCUGUGGGAGCCCGAAACAAAGACACCGGAGAUCGUUCCGUUUAUCUGCAUGCGAUGGCGGCGAUCAGCGAAAUUGUUGUGCCGAAUAGUGUGCUCAAGAAUGAAACUUUGUCGCGAUCUGGCGAGGAUCAUUAUGCGGAGCGUUUCAAGCACAUGGGUUCGAGAGGUCCGAAUACACAAAGUUCGAGCCAUGCGUUUGAUGAGAAAACGGGAGUCUUGUUUUACGCUGAAGUAAACCGGAAUGCGAUUGGGUGCUGGAACAGUGCGCAGGAGUUUCACGCCGAAAACCAUGGGAUUGUGCACUUGGACAAUGAGAAUAUGAUUUAUCCAGCUGAUUUGACGAUCGACAACGACAGUGUCCUGUGGGUCAUCUCGAACCGGCUUCCGAUUUGGAUCUACUCCAAGCUCAACACAACCGAUUUCAACUACCGCAUCUGGCGCCAAUCCACGGAAAAGUCCAUCGACGGAACGAUUUGCGCAUAACGCGCAGGGGCCUUCUUUCAAAUUCUUAUCACAUGAAACGUGCCUGGUGUAAUGAGUCAGAAGAGUUUAGUUUAUAUUCAGUACAGACUUUUAAGAAGAAAUUUCUCUAAAAAAAAUCUACGCGCUCACAAUAAGUGUGAUUUUGUUUGAGAUGUAUCCGGCUAUCUGUGGCUAGUUUAAAUUGAUUCCUCUAAACGUUGUUCGUAAAAUGAUCUAGUAUAAAAAUAUUGGUUGCUCUAGGUGUGUGUUUUGUUACUUAUGCAUUGAAAAUUGAAUAUUUAUUUCUACUCGUUUGUCUCAAAAUACUUUCGCCAGAUUUGAUAUACUUAUGGCUCCACAUAGUACGUAUAGUUUUCUCGACAUUUUUUACAGCAACUAUUGAUAUAGGAAAGUAGUAAAUUUUGCACUUACCUCGGAAACGACGCAGAUUGAAUCCAUCCAAAGUGAUCAGUACUUGCUUAUUAGAGUCUAUGUAUAUUCACCGUUUACUAGUACAGCCUUUCGAGUUUCUUUGAUUUGUAUUGUAAUUAGUUAGUGUGCCUAAAAAUCAUUCCGAUUUGAGAGUUCACGGGCCGAUAAAAUCGAUAUAAUUUUGAAAUAAUCCGUUUUGUCUAAAUUUUUUGCUAAAUUCUUCGUACGCGGCCAGGUUGCACAUAAUCCGGAGAAAAUAUAUGCGUCUAAAACAA